AUGGCCGCCGCUCGGGCUCGGGUGACACACUUGCUGAGGCUUCUGCAGAGCACAGCAUGCCAGUGUCCAACUCAUUCUCAUACUUACUCCCAAGUUCCUGGACUUUCACCUUCUGGGAAAACAACAGACUAUGCCUUUGAGAUGGCUGUUUCAAAUAUUAGAUAUGGAGCAGGAGUGACAAAGGAAGUGGGCAUGGAUCUACAGAACAUGGGAGCCAAAAAUGUUUGUUUGAUGACAGACAAGAACCUCUCCCAGCUCCCUCCUGUCCGAAUGGUUAUGGACUCCCUAGUGAAGAAUGGCAUCAACUUUCAGGUUUAUGAUGCCGUGCGAGUAGAACCAACAGACACAAGCUUCAUGGAUGCAAUAGAGUUUGCCAAAAAGGGAGCCUUUGAUGCCUAUGUUGCUGUGGGUGGUGGCUCUACUAUGGACACCUGUAAAGCUGCUAAUCUGUAUGCAUCCAGCCCUCACUCUGAGUUCCUUGAUUAUGUCAAUGCCCCUAUUGGGAAAGGAAAGCCUGUGACGGUGUCUCUGAGGCCUCUCAUAGCAGUCCCAACUACCUCAGGAACUGGGAGUGAAACGACGGGGGUGGCCAUUUUUGACUAUGAACACUUGAAAGUAAAAACGGGCAUUGCUUCGAGAGCCAUCAAACCCACCCUGGGACUAAUUGACCCUCUGCAUACCCUCCACAUGCCUGGCCAGGUGGUUGCCAACAGUGGCUUCGAUGUACUGUGCCACGCACUGGAGUCCUAUACUGCCCUUCCUUACCACAUGAGGAGCCCCUGCCCUUCCAAUCCCAUCACUCGGCCAGCAUACCAGGGCAGCAACCCAAUCAGUGACAUCUGGGCAGUGCAUGCACUGAGGAUCGUUGCUAAGUAUCUGAAGAGGGCUGUCAGAAAUCCUGACGAUCUUGAAGCAAGGUCUAAUAUGCAUUUGGCCAGUGCUUUUGCUGGCAUUGGCUUUGGAAAUGCUGGUGUUCAUCUGUGCCAUGGAAUGUCUUACCCAAUUUCAGGUUUGGUGAAGACGUAUAAAGCAAAGGAUUACAAUGUGGAUCAUCCAUUGGUGCCCCAUGGUCUCUCUGUGGUGCUCACAUCUCCAGCAGUGUUCACAUUCACAGCCCAGAUGUUUCCAGAGCGGCACUUAGAGACGGCAGAAAUAUUGGGGGGCAACACCCGCACUGCUAGGAUCCAGGAUGCUGGGCCUGUGUUGGCAGACACGCUCCGGGAAUUCCUUUUUGACUUAAAUGUGGACAAUGGCCUAGCGGCCAUCGGUUACUCCAAGGCUGACAUCCCUGCAUUAGUGAAAGGAACCCUACCCCAGGAAAGGGUCACCAAGCUUGCACCCCGUCCACAGUCAGAAGAGGAUCUGUCUGCUCUGUUUGAAGCUUCAAUGAAACUAUACUAAUAAUUAUUACAAUAGCAAGAAUUACCAUUUAUCAUUGUAGUUCUGAACAUGGAGCAAGAUCUGGCUAGAGCUCUAGCUAAUUCUUCACACCUAACUGUUGCUGAUUUGAAUGUGACCUAAAUUUAUCAUGCAGGAGAUUCACUGAUGCUUACACUUAAGCUACUUUCAUCGAGCAGUCUGGACAAAUGCCCACUGUGUCAGACCCUUGGGCCACCUUUCAGGGGUCAGUGUUCGUGUGCCAACCUCUACACAAUAUCAGGCCUGUACUUUGUGUCAAGAGGGAAGAAUUUAGCAUCUACCAAAUACGUAAAUAUACAUAGCCUAUGUCCAGGACUACAUGUCUAGAAAUGGAUCCUAUAGAAAUAUUAAUACAUAUAUGUGAAGUAAUAUUUCAAGAAUUUUUUGAAUAAUAAAACAUUUGAAGUAAGCCAGAUGCUGGU